GUGUCGCUUAUAGGACACGUUUACAACAUAGACAUUCCUUCCCGCACUGUCCAAAUAUCCUGGCUCAUUAUAGGAUGCGGAGCGAUGCAGAUGCCAGGGACCGCUCCAUUCUAUAACGUCCAAUCUUGUGGACUUUUAACUGAGCCAGCUAACUUUUAUGUCGACGGGUCGGUCAUGCCGAAUGGCAGCUAUGAUCCCAACGCAAAUCCAAGGCUAGCUCAAGGACUGAAAUAUGUGCAAGCCCUCAAUCAGUUCCAAACCACCCAUUUGAUUGAGCUCUCUUCAUGGAACGGACUUGACCAGCAGUAUACAUACCCGUUCGACACCUAUUACCUCGAUUCGAGCAUCAUCGCACUGAGCUCCGACACCAACGAAAGCCUGCCGCUUCUUACAUACCACCCGGUUGAUUCAACAGACAACUUUGCUCCCUCUGUCGAAGAAGACUCUGCCACCACUGUCAUGAACAACGGCACGGUCGUUCAAUCUCGCUUCAUGAGGAUGCGGUUUUCUAGGACCGCCUUCACACAGUUCUUCGUCAUGUCCCUCUUCCUCGUCAAUUGGGCGCUGACUGGCGUCGUCCUAUACAUCACACUCUCUGCUAACGAAGGCAAUGAUGUCGGAGAGUCGAUCCUGCUCCUGCCGCUCUCCGUCAUCGUGACAAUCCCCGGACUACGGGCGCUUUGGGUUGGCGCACCAGCAUUUGGCAAAUCUCUUGAAUACUCGGCAGGGUUCUUCCUGCAGAUGGUCAUCGUAGCCCUCUGCUCGAUAUUCCUCGUCGUGAAUGUGGCACUCAGCAGCAAGGAAGAGAGAGAACGGAGGAAGCAGAAACACCGCAGGUUCAAGUCCUCCGAACCCGAGUGUCUUACGAUGUCGGAGCCGGAAUGGAAGGAGACACAUGGCCUUACAGACGCACUGGAGUACGAGCAGAAGAUGGUAUUAUGA